UAAAUUCUCUAUCUCAUGGUUUUAGACUCAGGAAAUGUGAUUGCACAUCUGUCAUUAUUUUACUCUUCUGUGUUGAUUGCUCAUAUUAAACAAACCACAUUCCUGCAUCGCUUAGUAAUCUCUGCUGUUCCCUUUCCUCUCCGAGAAGACAAGUCCCAGCUUGACAUCAAUGUACCUGUUGAUCAGAGCUCCACUGUUAACCAACCGGCAGAUCUGUUCAGACACCGGCCGCGGGGAGCGUUCGCACCACCGGCCCCUUUCCUCCAGAUUGCUGCAACUCCGCGGCGCCUCUUUUCCCUAACCCUCGUUCGGCCGAAGAGCAGGAGGAGCCACCGAGGUCCACACCCCGCGGGGACCCAUGUGCUUCCCAGAAAGGCUCUCCAGCCUUCCCCCGGCCUCCACCGAGCAGCUCUGCUGAGAUCGCCCCGAGCUUGCCAUGGAGCUGCUGGAGGAACCCGACUCAUAGGUGUUCCCACCUCCAGGGAUGGCGCCCGCGGGGACCGAGGCCGCCCCGGCCCGCCGGUGAGGUGCCCGCCGCCCGCCCCCAGCCCCAGCCCGGCCGCGCGGCGAGGGAGAGCCCGGCCCACGAUGAACAAGCUGCCCUUCCACAACAACCGAGUCAUGCAGGACCGCCGCAGCGUGUGCAUCUUCCUCCCCAACGACGACUCCCUCAACAUCAUCAUCAACGUGAAGAUCUUGUGCCACGAGCUGCUCGUGCAGGUGUGCGACCUCCUGAGGCUGAAGGACUGCCACCUCUUCGGGCUCAGCGUCAUCCAGAACAAUGAGCACGUGUACAUGGACCUGGCCCAGAAACUCUACAAGUACUGCCCCAAGGAGUGGAAGAAGGAGGCCAGCAAGGUCAGCGGUGAGGUGUUGCAUGGAGAGAUGACGGCACUAAGGCCACCUCUGUCCCCGGCGCAGGGGAUCGACCAGUUCGGCCCCCACAUGAUCAUCCACUUCCGAGUGCAGUACUACGUGGAGAACGGCAGGCUGAUAAGCGACCGGACGGCGCGGUACUACUACUACUGGCACCUGCGGAAGCAGGUGCUGCACUCGCAGUGCGUGCUGCGCGAGGAGGCCUACUUCCUGCUCACCGCCUUCGCCCUGCAGGCCGACCUGGGCGACUUCAAGCGCAACAAGCACUACGGGAAGUACUUCGAGCCCGAAGCCUAUUUCCCCGCCUGGGUGGUGGCCAAGAGGGGCCGGGACUACAUCCUGAAGCAUGUCCCCAACAUGCACAAGGACCAGUUCGCUCUGACGGCCUCCGAGGCCCACCUCAAGUACAUCAAGGAGGCCGUGCGGCUGGACGACGUGGCCGUGCACUACUACAGGCUGUACAAGGACAAGAGGGAGGUGGAAGCCUCUCUGACGCUGGGGCUGACCACACGGGGCAUUCAGAUCUUCCAGAACCUCGACGAGGAAAAGCAGCUGCUCUACGACUUCCCCUGGACAAACGUGGGCAAACUGGUGUUCGUGGGCAAGAAGUUUGAGAUCCUUCCCGACGGGCUGCCCUCGGCCAGGAAGCUCAUCUACUACACGGGCUGCCCGCUGCGCUCCCGCCACCUCCUGCAGCUGCUCAGCAGCAGCCACCGGCUCUACAUGAACCUGCAGCCCGUGCUGCGGCAGGUCCGCAAGCUGGAGGAGAACGAGGAGAAGAAGCAGUACCGCGAGUCCUACAUCAGCGACACCCUGGACCUGGACAUGGAGCAGCUGGAGAAGCGCUCGCGGGCCAGCGGCAGCAGCGCCGGCAGCAUCCGGCACAAGCGCCUGUCGCGGCACUCCACCGCCAGCCACAGCAGCUCCCACACCUCGGGCAUCGAGGCCGACCCCAAACCCCGCGAGAUGGGGCCCGAGGACGCCGGCGUCCACCGCAAGCUGAAGACCUGCAGCUCCAUGACCAGCCACGGCAGCUCCCACACCUCCGGGGUGGAGAGCGGGGGCAAGGACCGCCUGGAGGAGGACUCCCAGGAUGACGAGAUAGAGAUGCUGGUGGACGACCCCCGGGAGCUGGAGCAGGCGGGCGAGCUGGCGCUGGAGGUGAGCCCCGACAUGUGCGUCUACAUCACCGAGGACAUGCUGCUGUCGCGCAAGUUCAACGGGCACUCAGGGCUGAUCGUAAAGGAGCUCAGCUCCUCCACCUCCAGCUCCUCGGAGACGGUGGUGAAGCUGCGGGGGCAGAGCACGGACUCCUUACCCCAGACGGCGUGCAGGAAACCCAAGACCUCGACGGACCGGCACAGCCUGAGCCUGGACGACAUCCGGCUCUACCAGAAGGACUUCUUGCAGCUGGCCGACCUGUGCCAGGACACGGCGCAGAGCUACACCUUCGGCUGCGGCCACGGCCUCGCCGAGGACGGCCUCUACUGCCACGGCUGCCUGGCCCAGCAGUGCAUCAACAUCCAGGAGGGCUUCCCCGUCAAACGAACCAGCAAAUACUUCUCGCUGGACCUCACCCACGACGAAGUCCCGGAGUUUGUCGUCUGAGCGCCGCGGGGCCAGGACUGGCUGCUGUCCCCCCCCCCACACGCACACCGGGGUGUGGGGGGGUCUCGGCCCCGCCGCCCCCCAGCGCCGCCUCCCCGGCCUCUCCCGGAGACCGUGGGGCACGGCAGGGUGACGCCGGCGGUCCCCCCCCCCCGGCAGCCUUUUGCCUCUGGGAAUGGUUUGUGCGAAGCGCAAAGUCCUCUUUCGCCUCGGAGAAGCACAGCUCGCUUGGCCCGGCGGAAACCAGCCCGUAUUUCCUCAGUGCCUCGGGGCAAAUUUUGGUUUUCUCCCCUCCGGGCCCCUUCCCUUCACGCCGCCGCUGGCUCCUGCGGUGGCUCGGUGGCUGCGGCGAGAAGAUGCUGGAAAGGAAACACCGGAUUGCUGCGCCCAAGCCAAGCCAAAGAGAUGUAAAUCCCCUCCAGGCCAGUAUGGGAAGCGAGAAUGAAGCAAUAAGUAGCCGGGGAUGUCCGCGCUCGGGGAAGGGAGGGGAGGAAGGCGUCAGCAGGUUGCUGCCGAGGCAGCGCCUGAACCCAGAUCUUCCAAAAACGCGCUGGAGCUCGGUCCCGGUCCUGCUGGGGGACGCAGGGCGAGCGGGGGCUUCAGGCCUUCACGGAGCUUUAUUUAAAAAAGAAAAAAAAAAAAAGAAACCAAAAAUACCGCACCCAAGAAAACCCAAAGGAAAGGAGAAUGGAAAAGGAAAGGUCACCUGUAAUGACACUGCAAUAAUGCUUCCCAACCUUUAAAUAUAUAGAAAUCACAUAUAUAAAUAUAUCAAAGUAUGUAUGUUUAUAUAUGUCUGGAUCUUAUAGACCCAUUUUCAGUUUAUUUCUGCGCUGAAAUGCCUUUUAUACAAAGGAUACGCCUUUCUUCAACAAAGCAUAUAGACAAUCAUUUUUUUUUUCCAAGCACUAAGGUGAGCAAAUAGACUUUCCUAGCGAGAAGAACGUGUAUGCAGCCACGGUGGGAGCGUGGCUUUUCCCGGCGUGGUCUCAGCUCUGUUUUAACAAGGCUUUUCGUGCGUCCUUCGGUCUUUUACGGUUCGAAAGGUUCUGCCAAAGGACGGUGGCGACGUGCUGGAAAAACGCACGUGUUUUUUCUGAGCAUGUCCCCGGGAAGGUGUAACGCUGCCCGGUGGUACCGGAGGGGAAAGCGUCAUGGCAGCACGUCCUCACAGCACAAUGCCUUCUCAGCCGGUAUUUUUGAUUAGAGUUUAGCCAUCGACAGCCAAAGUUUUACCCUAUUUUGAUAUUACCGCCUUUUUUUUUAACUGGAAACUUUUCUUAAAAAAAAAAAUAAUAAUAUUUAUAAAUAA